CCUGUAACCAUUCCAUUCUUUUCUGUCCCGUCCCCUACCAAGAAAAGACAUUUCGGAAAGUACAAUUUAAGAAACGAAUCAUGAAUACCAAGCUGUACUAAUUAGUGCAGUCGUCAAGGAAAAUCACCACAAUAUUACCUUAAUUUCAUGUUACUUCAAACAAAUAAAAAGAGCAUACAAAGAAAGCCCCCCAACUUCUUCUUGUCGGCUGGCUGUUGGUUGUUGACGUAAGAAAUGGCAAACAUUGCAAGGGCUUGCCUGCAGUCAUUCCUGAAGGCUGUGAAUUUGGUAAUGGGAAUGGUGGGUAUUGCCAUGAUCCUUUAUGGGUUAUGGAUGAUCAGAGUUUGGCAGAGAGACAAGGAUGAUUCGUCCCCUGAUGAUUUCAAGUCAUUUGCUCUAUGGUUUAUAUACACAUUUCUUGGCAUUGGUGUCUCCUUUUGCCUCAUAGCAGGGCUUGGUCAUGUUGCUGCUGAUAGUGCAAAUGGAUUUUGCCUUUCUUGUUAUGUGGUAGUCAUCUUUUUGCUUCUGCUUCUGGAGAGUGCCAUGGUAGCGGAUAUACUGCUAAAUUCUGACUGGGAGAAGGAUUUACCUGAUGAUCCAACGGGGAGGUUCCAUGAUUUCAAAGAAUUCGUCAAGUCGAACUUUGAUAUCUUCAAAUGGAUAGGUAUUUGGGUCAUCUUAACACAGGGAUCUUCUACACUCUUGGCAAUGGCUUUAAGAGUUCUUAGAUCAAACCAAGGCUCCAACUAUGAUAGUGAUGAUGAAUAUCCUCCACAUAGACUUCCCCUACUAAAUCACCAAGUUCAACCGCCUGCAUUUGUCAUUGGUGAUCCCUGCUUUCCAGAGAAGAACAAUCCAGUUAAACCGCCUACAUAUCCUUGGAAUGCAAUCAAGUGAAGGGAGUAGAAACUAUGGGGAUGAGAGAUUCAGAGAUGCAACCAUGACUAGAAUGGCAGAUUCAGCACAAUGUAAAUUUUGGUUUGAAUGCAAAAGUUGACAAUGAGAUUUAGAUGUUUCUUGUUAAAGAUUUCGUUUAUUUGAAUAUGAUCCGAAUGAAAGGCCACAUUCCUUUGGCUUUUGCCAGCUUUCUGAAAAA